ACACCCCUCGUUUUCCUUUGCGUUUUUUUUUUUCCCUUGGAGAUAAAAACCGUCAAGAUGAAGUGUUUCGGAGACAAGACGCGCACUUAUCACUGCAAGGUGGUGCUCCUCGACGAACAGGAGCUGAUUCAGGAGAUUCAGGACACCACCACGGGGCAGGACCUCCUGGACACCGUCUUCAAGCACCUCAACCUCCUCGAGACCGCCUACUUCGGCCUCCGCUACCUCGACCCUACGAACCAGACGCACUGGCUGGACCCCGCCAAGAAAGUGGUGAAACAGCUCAAAGGCACGUCGCCCUUCACGCUGUACUUCAGUGUGAAGUUCUAUGCCGCCGACCCGACCAAGCUGGUGGAGGAAAUCACGAGGUACCAGUUCUUCCUGCAGGUGAAGCAAGACAUCCUGCAGGGUCGUCUUCCCGUCUCGCAGGAGCUGGCGGCGGAACUGGGAUCCUACGCGGUCCAGUCCGAGCUGGGCGACUAUGACCCCCGGCGGCACUCCCCCGGCUACGUCUCCGAGUUCCGCUUCAUGACGACGCAGACGGUGGCCCUGGAAAACAAAAUCGCAGAGCUCCACAAAACCCUCGUGGGUCAGGUGCCGUCGAAGGCCGAGAUGUGCUACCUGGAGAAGGUGAAAUGGCUCGACAUGUACGGCGUGGACCUCCACCCUGUGCUGGGCGAGGACAACAUCGAGUACUUCCUUGGCCUGACGCCCUCGGGGGUCAUCGUGCUGCGGAACAAGGCCAAAGUGGGCAACUAUUUCUGGCCGAGGAUCUCCAAAGUGUACUUCCGGGGACGUUUCUUCAUGCUGAGGGUGCGCGACAAGAAUAACUCCGAGAACACGUACGGCUUCGAGACGCCGAGCAAGGCCGCGUGCAAGCACCUGUGGCAGUGCUGCGUGGAGCACCAUGCCUUCUUCCGCCUGACGCAAGCUUCCGGAAAUUCGCCCGCUGCCAUUUUCUCGCUGGGAUCCAAGUUCAGGUACAGCGGCAGGACGGAGAAGGAGGCGGCGCAGGAGGCCAAGGUAGGCGCAAGGACCCAGCCCGAGUUCACAAGGAUGCCCAGCAGAAGGUAUCAGCGCCGCAUCGUAGAAGGAGCCCAGGAUACUCCGCGAGUGGAGGACGUGGAGAUCAAGCCCGAGACCAGGAACACCGUGCAGCUGCCGACGCCUGUGACCUCGGUGUCCCACAUGUACAGGAGCGCCUCCUUGACGCUGGCUCCUCGCAGCGACUCCCCGCGCAGCACCCGCUCCGCCCCGUACCCCGCCGGCGUGGCUGCGUCAGGAGGCGGCGGCAGCGUCCUCAACAGGUCCUCGCGUGGAGAGUCGCCCCGCUCGGUCCGGUCCGCCGCGCCCGCCGCCGACUCGCACUCCUACAGGGUCUCCCGACGCACCUCCAGCGUCGACAGCCAGUCGUCCGUCGACUCGAGGGGACAUCGCAGGCACCGCAGGAGCCGCGGCAGGUCCUCUGAUGGCGAGAGCGAGGCCAGCAGCAAGUGCUCGUCGCGAGGGCACCGCCGCCACCGCCACCGCCACCAUUCCGACGAUUCCGACCACCACCGCCACCGUCACCGCCGUCGCCGCCACAAGUCCGGCGGAGGCAUGGUCAACGACGCCCAGUGGGUGCAGCCUCAUGCCAGCCAGGCCCAGGUCAGAGGCAACACCGCCACCGUGCGAGACCUGACCCACAAGAGCGGCUACCAGCCCUCUGGCCACGACACCGAGGCCGACUCGCACCACCACCAACACUCCAACAAGAAGCGCCACAGGAAGCACAGGUCACGAUCUAGGUCACCCUCGGAGGCCAAAAACAGCCGGUUGCCAGACGAGCUGCGGCGACACCUCGAGUUCGAGAUGCAAGGGACUCAGGGGCUGACGGAGGCGGAGCUGAAGGAGAUCCCCUACACCAAGGUGGAGACGGCGAAGACGAUCAAGAUCAAGUACACUUCGCCCAAGACCAAGAGGCACAAGAGUCCCAGACGUUCCAAGAGCAAUUCCAGUGACAGGAAGGCCACUCCUCCUGCUGACGGGGAAUCCCCUCCCCCUCCUUAUACUCCUUCGCCAACGACGAAGACAAACACCUUGCCGAAGGUCACAAAGGAGAAUGGCGGCGAUGGAGGGCCUGGCGUCAGGAAUCCGAAGGAGGGAUGGUGAACGGCACGCUCCGCCCCCCUGGACCAAGGUCCGUGCAGGCCCCCACAGUGUCCACCUCCCUGAUCAAGAGCCCCGAGGGCAGCGGCAGCACCCGCGGCCCAACCACGGACUCGCCCAGCCAGCGCCGAGGCCACGCCGACUCCACCAAAACCCUGCGC